AUGUCUGGCCUCCCACAGCUUGCUGAACUGAAGCAAGAGUGUGAAACCAGGGGUCUGGAUGUGAAGGGCAACAAAGUGGAACUGAUCACACGACUACAGGCUUAUCUGGAGGAACAUGGUGAGCAUGCAAUAAUGGAUGGACUAAAUACAAAUGGGGUCAGGUUCCCAUACUCUGAUAAAGCCUGGUGCAGUUUCCAAUCAAAUGAAAUGUUAUUGGUCUCAUACACAUAUUUACAUUUUAGCCAUUUAGCAGACGCUUUUAUCCAGAGCGACUUAACAGUUAGUGAGUGCAUACAUUUUUCAUACUGAUGGUGGGGUUGUGUUCCUUACUGAGCGCCAGUAUGCCCUGCCCUUCAUUUCCUGUUCCAUCUGACAGAGAACUGCCCUGCUGUCUCCCAGGUAUAGCAGAUGUUAUUGCGGAUGUAGCGGAAUGAUUGUGUUCCUAGCUCCAACAGUGCAGUAAUAUCUAACAAUAAUACACACAAUUCUAAAAGUAAAAGAGUGAAAUUAAGAAAUAUAGAAAUAUUAGGACAAACAAUGUUUGAGUCGAGGGUGUGUGUGAUGGGAUGUAUAGAAAUUAUGGAUAGAAUAUGUAGUAUAUCUGAAGAAUACGUGGAUAGAAUAGUAUAUGUACAGCAAUAGUUGAAUAGCAUGGCCUUGACUAGAAUACAGUAUAUACAUUUGAAAUGGGUAAAAAGUAUGAAAAUGUAUGCACUCACUAACUGCAAGUCGCUCUGGAUAAGAGCGUCUGCUAAAUGACUAAAAUGUAAAACAGUAUUUAACAUUUAUUAAAAAGUGACCUGUGUUCCAUGUCUAUGUACAUAGGGCAUCAGCCUCUAAGGUGCAGGGAUGAGUAACCGGAUGGUAGCCGGCUAGUGACAGUGACUAAGUUCAGGGCAGGAUACUGGGUGGAGGCCGGCUAGUGAUGGCUAUUUAACAGUCUGAUGGUCUUGAGAUAGAAGCUGUUUUUCAGUCUCUCGGUCCCAGCUAUGAUGCACCUGUACGGACCUCUCCUUCUGGAUGAUAGCAGGGUGAACAGGCCGUGGCACGGGUGGCUGAGGUCCUUGAUGAUCUUCUUGGCCUUCCUGUGACACUGGGUGCUGUAGAUAUCCCGAAGGGCAGGCAGUGUGAUGUGUUGGGGUGACCGCACCACCCCCUGGAGAGCCCUGCGGUUGCGGACAGUGCAGUUGCCGUACCAGGCGGUGAUACAGCCCGACAAGAUGCUCUCAAUGGUGCAUCUGUAAAAAUGUGAGGGUCUUAGGGGCCAAGCUGAAUUUCUUCAACCUCCUGAGAGACGCUGUUGCGCCUUCUUCACCACACCGUCUGUGUGGGUGGACCAUUUCAGAUUGUCAGUGAUGUGUAUGCUGAGUAACUUGAAGCUUUUCACCUACUCCACUGCGGCCCCAUCGAUGUGGAUGGGGGCAUGCUCCCUCUGCUCUCUCCUGAAGAUGAGGGAGAGGUUAUUUUCCAGGCACCACUCCGCCAGGGCCCUCACCUCCUUCCUGUAGGCUGUCUCGUCAUUGUUAGUAAUCACUGUUAUCAUCUGCAAACUUGAUAUUAUUAUGAUUGAGUUGGCCUAUGGAGUGGAAAGUGUAACUUGCUGAAUUCCAAAUUGACUUCUAUUAGCCCCUACCCCUUGACACCCAUUUAUAUUUAAAAGGUGUGAGCAAUAUGGCAAAUUCCACCAAGCCUAUGAAAUGGUAAGGUGAAUCAUAAGUCUAUGAUUUUUUUCCUAAACAGAGGAUGACAUGGGCCUAAAUGAAGAUGACGUUCUGGGAGAAGAGCCAGAGGUAAGCCUGGUUUUAAACCAUUAUGGCACCAAUGGCACUUCAUGUAUGGAUUAGAUGGGUUCCACCAUGUCCAGUAUGAUUUUGAUCAUACAGUAUAAAGUCACUUUGUACAUACUGCAAUUGCUUUGGUGAAAAUGUAAAAUCAUAGGUGCAUUUCUUGAUUAUGCUUUAUGCAUUUGAACAUGUAGGACCUCACGAAAGAGGAUGUUGUCACUGAGGUUAAUGACAAGAAACCCGUAACAGUGUCUGAGGAGUAAGUUUUUCCUUUUAUGCAAACAAACAUUGAAGAGUGACAUUUUCUCUCCAUUUUCCUGAUGAUCUGAUGUCCCUAUUGAAAUAUGUUAAUCCAAUGCGAUUUUAAUGUGUUUCAGGACGGCUGAAAAGAAAGUGGUAAAGAUCACACCCCCGGCGUCUGUGGAUGAGGUAAUACAAUGCUUGCUGCACUCUCGCCAGUCAUGACAGGUCUUCAAUGCAAUGGUGGUGUGCUAACCUUAUAAUUAACAUUUUUUAUCCUGUAUUCCCAGAGGGUACAGAAAAGAGCAGAACGCUUCAAUGUCCCUGCGUCAGCUGAUGGCAAGAAGGCCAUACGUGCUGCCCGGUCAGUAUCCCACAAGUAUCCAACCAUUCUUCAAAAUUGUAGAAGACAUAUUCCCCACACUAUUGAUUGGGCAUAUCUAUGAAACUAUAUUGACAUUUAUUAAAUAUAUGUCUUGUGUUCAGGUUUGGUUUGCCCGCUGCUGCACCGCCAACUUCCACCCCAGGUCAGUGUCAAUCUUCCAGUCAUUUUCACAGGUCUUGUGUGGUUUUAAUAUUAUUUUUUCCAAGAACCAUAACCUGCAGUCAGUUUAUAAACAAGGGUUGAACAACAUCAUUGUCACAAGUAAUGUUUUCUCCUGUAUUUGCUCUCUGGUUUUAAUCAGUGUUUCUCUUUUCUUUCUAUCAUAGGUGUUACUGUGAAUAAAUCCACUGUGAGUAAUCCAAAUAUCUGUGAUAAGCAGUGACCUCCCCUCAUUUAAUUAAUGUAACCAUAAGUGACCCAGAAUAUUUAAUGAAACGUCUAUCUCCCUCUGUUGUGUGUAGCUGGUCAGCGUUGAACAGCUAAAAAAGCGAGCAGAGCGAUUUGGCGGGAACGUUUCUUCAGUUUCCAAGAAGGUGAGCGCCUAGGGAUAGGGCAGCUUCUAUCCUCCCUGGACAGUUUAUUAGGUACACCCAUCUAGUACCGGCUCGGACCCCCCUUUGCCUCCAGAACAGCCUGAAUUAUUCAGGGCAAUCUACAAGGUGUCAGAAACGUUCCACAUGGAUGUUGGUCCAUGCUGACGCGAUGGCAUCACGCAGUUGCUGCAGAUUGGAAGGCGGUACUGCCGCUGCAUGAACAGCCCGUUCCAUCUCAUCCCAAAGAUGUUCUAUUGGGUUGAGGUCUGGGUGACUGUGCAGGCCACUCAAGUAAACUGAACUCGCUGUCAUGUUCCAGGCAAUGUUUUUCCACUCCUCAAUUGUCCAGUGUUGGUGAUCGUGUUGCCACUGGAGCCGCUUCUUGGUUUUAGCUGAUAGGAGUGAAACCCGGUGUGGUCGUCUGCUGCAAUAGCCCAUCUGUGACAAGGAUUGAUGAGUUGUGCGUUCCGAAAUGCCGUUCUGCACACCACUGCGCUGUUAUUUGCCUGUUUGUGGCCCGCCUGUUAGCUUGCACCAUUCUUGCCAUCUCCUUCGACCUCAUCAACAAGCUGUUUUCACCCACAGGACUGCUGCUGACCAGAUGUUUUUUGUUUGUCGCACCAUUCUUGGUAAACCCUAGAUGCUGUCAUGCGUGAAAAGCCCAGGAGUGCGGCAGUUUUUGAGAUACUGAAUCCGGCGCGCUUGGCACUGUCAAUUUAUACCACACUCAAAGUCGCUUAGGUCACUCGUUUUGCCCAGUCUAACGUUCAAUCGAACAGUAACUGAAUGCCUCUGCCUGCUUUAUAUAACAAGCCACGGCCACGUGACUCACUGUCUGUAGGGGCGAUCCAUUUUCGUGAACGGGGUGGUGUACCUAAUGACCUGUAUGGUGUGUGUAUUAGACUACAGGGCAUCCUGAAAUAAAUGCUCAAUUGAAACCUUGUGAUUAUACACUGCUCAAAAAAUAAAUAAAGGGAACACUAAAAUAACACAUCCUAGAUAUGAAUGAAAUAAUCUUAUUAAAUACUUUUUUCUUUACAUAGUUGAAUGUGCUGACAACAAAAUCACACAAAAAUUAUCAAUGGAAAUCAAAUGUAUCAACCCAUGGAGGUCUGGAUUUGGAGUCACCCUCAAAAUUAAAGUGGAAAACCACACUACAGCCUGAUCCAACUUUGAUGUAAUUUCCUUAAAACAAGUCAAAAUGAGGCUCAGUAGUGUGUGUGGCCUCCACGUGCCUGUAUGACCUCCCUACAACGCCUGGGCAUGCUCCUGAUGAGGUGGUGGAUGGUCUCCUGAGGGAUCUCCUCCCAGACCUGGACUAAAGCAUCCGCCAACUCCUGGACAGUCUGUGGUGCAACGUGGCGUUGGUGGAUGGAGCGAGACAUGAUGUCCCAGAUGUGCUCAAUUGGAUUCAGGUCUGGGGAACGGGCGGGCCAGUCCAUAGCAUCAAUGCCUUCCUCUUGCAGGAACUGCUGACACACUCCAGCCACAUGAGGUCUAGCAUUGUCUUGCAUUAGGAGGAACCCAGGGCCAACCGCACCAGCAUAUGGUCACACAAGGGGUCUGAGGAUCUCAUCUUGGUACCUAAUGGCAGUCAGGCUACCUCUGGCGAGCACAUGGAGGGCUGUGCGGCCCCCCAAAGAAAUGCCACCCCACACCAUGACUGACCCACCGCCAAACCGGUCAUGCUGGAGGAUGUUGCAGGCAGCAGAACGUUCUCCACGGCGUCUCCAGACUCUGUCACAUGUGCUCAGUGUGAACCUGCUUUCAUCUGUGAAGAGCACAGGGCGCCAGUGGCGAAUUUGCCAAUCUUGGUGUUCUCUGGCAAAUGCCAAACGUCCUGCACGGUGUUGGGCUGUAAGCACAACCCCCACCUGUGGACGUCGAGCCCUCAUACCACCCUCAUGGAGUCUGUUUCUGACCGUUUGAGCAGACACAUGCACAUUUGUGGCCUGCUGGAGGUCAUUUUGCAGGGCUCUGGCAGUGCUCCUCCUGCUCCUCCUUGCACAAAGGCGGAGGUAGCAGUCCUGCUGCUGGGUUGUUGCUCUCCUACGGCCUCCUCCACGUCUCCUGAUGUACUGGCCUGUCUCCUGGUAGCGCCUCCAUGCUCUGGACACUACGCUGACAGACACAGCAAACCUUCUUGCCACAGCUCGCAUUGAUGUGCCAUCCUGGAUGAGCUGCACUACCUGAGCCACUUGUGUGGGUUGUAGACUCCGUCUCAUGCUACCACUAGAGUGAAAGCACCGCCAGCAUUCAAAAGUGACCAAAACAUCAGCCAGGAAGCAUAGGAACUGAGAAGUGGUCUGUGGUCACCACCUGCAAAACCAGUCCUUUAUUGGGGGUGUCUUUCUAAUUGCCUAUAAUUUCCACCUGUUGUCUAUUCCAUUUGCACAACAGCAUGUGAAAUGUAUUGUCAAUCAGUGUUGCUUCCUACGUGGACAGUUUGAUUUCACAGAAGAGUGAUUGACUUGGAGUUACAUUGUGUUGUUUAAGUGUUCCCUUUAUUUUUUUGAGCAGUGUACUUCAGCAUUUCUGAUUUAAGCCACCUCCAUGUUACAUAUUUAAGACCAUAUGUGUGUUACAGGUUGAGGAAGAUGAAAAGCUGAAGAAGCGGAAAGAAAGAUUUGGGAUCCUCGCUGCUGUCAUACCUGAUGUCGAGGUAUGUUUUCAGAUUCUAUGUAUCGAAUCGAUACAGGUAUAUUAUACAAUUUCUUUCAUACUUAAUACCGUAAAGAUGUAAACAAAUAUGUUUUCCGACAGGCAAAGAAACGGAGGCGUUCUGAACGAUUUGGAAAUGUGACUGUGUAAAUUGUGGUAUUUACAAUGAUGUUUUAUGCUUUUUUAUUUUGUUGCAAACAGAACUGAAAAUGUACUGUGUAUAUAUAGCUUGUUGUCAAUUAUCAGUUGCAUUACUCUUUGUCAUUAAAGUCAUUUUCAAUUAUU